ACGAACGAACAAACGAAACAUUCUGACCAAACUGAAAAAUAAAUUCGCGACAGAAUAUAUACAGCUGCUAGGUGCGCAAAGCGUCUAGCGCAGUGCAGGUGUUACCCAGAUGUUUUAACAGUGGUGUGAAAUGUAGAGUGACGUAAGAACCGAACUUACCUCGCACUUUCAUAGAACUACGUUUCAGUGCCAGAGUAGCAGGCAUUGAAGAGGAACGGUAAAAAUGAAGAAGUUUGUUGCAUUUUUUCUGUGCCUGGUCUUGCUGGUCGUCGUAACAGAAACUUCUCCCAUCAUCAAGGAGAAUUUAGCCAAGCAGCUUCUCCGAACCAAGAGGCAGGAGUCACCCAGGAAGGCGGGCUACACAGAUGAGCCAAUGAGGGAACACAUGCUGCAGCUGCAGCGGCUGGACCAGAGGGCCAGGGAGACCAACCUGGAGCACUGGCUCAACCCGCACUGCUACCCUCACUGUGACCGCAACUACGCUCACCCUGUGUAACCGCACAGCAACCGUGCCAAGUGUCAACACAGAGGGCCUCCAACGCUACAGGAUGGAGCUGAAGCAUUUGAGUUGAUGUGCCAAUAAGAAGUGCUGAAGUGUGUCUAAGCUCUGUCUGUUCCUCCCUUAUUCAUAAACGUGUCUGCUAUUGUGUCCUCAGGAGGAACACUGCCAAGUCAUUUAAUACUGCACAUCAGCAGUUUAUAGCGAUGCUUUGAAAUAGUAUAGGGCACAAGUAGAACCCUCGCCGCGUUUUUGUUGAACUGCCAUUUGAAGGGCAGUGGGGAUCCUGCUGAAAAUACCUAACGUUAUGUCUAAUAGAACUGCAACUGUACUAGCCCGUAUUAACUGCUUUUAAAAACACCAACUAAUAAAAUGCUUGUGCUGAUA